GUUAAAUAAUCUUAAAUACUACUACCUUUUACUCUCCUUAACCACACCUCGAUUUAUUUAUCAACCAGAGCAGUUUCAUCUGAGGGUGACGGACUAAGAGAGGCUGAAUUCAGACAAGUAUCAGGGUGCAUCAGGAUGAAGAUCCACCAGGUCGUCUUCUUGCUCUACUUAUCAGUUUGCUGACAAGGAAUAGAAGACAGAAUAUCAGAAACAGCCUGAUCAUCAGCUGGUCUGGUUUGGACAAACUUAGGAGGACAACGGUUUCACAGAUCUUACUGCUGGUCAAACCUGAAAAAUGGGGAAUCAACAACCAUCAGAAAGUAACAUGGGCGACAGGCUCAGGUGUUACAAAUGUGACUGCGUGUUACCUCCAUGUACAAGCUUUGAUGAUUUCCACAGACAGACUAUAUAUGGACAGGAGUACUAUGUGUUCAAUGGAGGACAAUACUUCAGAGCAGUUGGCUACGAUAAUAUGUACCAGUGCUCAUAUUGUUUUUAUAAGCCAGUCAGAGAUCAGGAGGAGAGGAGGAGACAAGAGGAGGAGAGACAGAGACAAGAGGAGGAGAGACAGAGACAAGAGGAGAGGAGGAGACAAGAGGAGGAGAAAAGGAGACAAGAGGAGGAGAGAAGGAGACAAGAGGAGAGGAGGAGACAAGAGGAGGAGAAAAGGAGACAAGAGGAGGAGAGACUGAGGAGAAGAGGUGAAGAACUGAAUCAAAGACUGUCAGAGUCACUUAGACGAGCCACAGAGCAGCGAGAGAACGAGCAAAGAAGCGUCGUGUCAGAAGAGUCCGAGAGAGACAUUCUGAAAGUGACUAUGGAUGAGUUUCAAGUGACCAAUCAAUCUGAUAGUGACAGCGAUGAGCUCCUAGAGAUCCUGUCUGUAAAGACUAACAUUUCACUUCAGAGUCUGAGUCUGAGUCAGCUGUCAGCUGAUGAUCUGGCCAAGAUCCUGUCGGCCAUGAACACACUCCUGUUUGAUGAAUGGAUGAGUGCGCCCCCUUCCUUCAGCACUCUGCAGCACACUCAUGUGUUCAUCACAGAGCUGUGUGUGCUGUCUCUGCAGACAUCUCUGGGUGUUUCUCUGCAGAGCAUCUCUGAGCAUGCUCAGUACCUGGUAGGCUCCAUCAGCCAAUCAGCAUGUGAUGUUUGUGAGAGUUUCCUGCUGAGCCAGGCCCUGUACCUGACCCUGAUGCACUUCUUCAGUGAGUGCUCUGAUUGUGACGUGGUGCUCAUGGCCAAGCGAUGGGCUGAAGAGGAGCUUUCCUCUGAGCAAAUCUUCAUCAUAGAAUUCCUCAGCAUCCUUUUAUCAUCACUGCAGAAAACAGUGGAAAGAGCCUCUGUGUUUAUUUUGAAGAUGGAAAUCCAGACCUUGAAGCUACUUUUAUCCACGCUCACAAAUGUUAAUGUCACAGAAACCCACUCAGAGCUCACCCAGAGGCUCUUCGGACUCGUUCAAACAAACCAGUGGACCCCAGUGGAGGCGAUGACUCUGCUCACAGUGCUGUCACAGAAAUACACAGAGGAUGAACCAAUAAGUAAAGUCCUUAUGUUAGUCCAGGUGUAUGCGCUUCUUCCUGAGUGGACAGAUGAGUCUGGACGCUCCCUCAUCCAUGCUCUGGACUCUGCUGACCCCAGCAGUUUUCAUGAGGACUUACAGAAGACCCUCAGAAGGGAAGAUGAGCGCAGUCUAAGUGCAGCUUUAGCAGAAUUAAAGAUGUUAUGGAGUCUGGAUGAUGCAGUCACUGAAAAGAUUGAAAGCAUCACCACUGGAGUCCUGCAAUAUCAGGAAAAUGCAGCUAAAGAUUCACCACUCACAGAUGAUCCCUCUAUAGGUGUAACCUCUGAUGCAGACGUACAGAAGUCUCUGUGUCAGCUCUGCAGAGCAGUCUUUCACACCAAAGGCUGGUGGCCUACAGUCAAGAUGAUGCUGCACUGGUGUGCAUUGAUGCUGACUGAGAACAGUGAAGAAUUAGAUCCAGCUGGUUUGGAGGCAGAUGCGUGUGUCAUAGCCAUGUUUGCAGCCCAACAAGCGCUCAAGAGAAACAAAGUUGACACUGUGCUGAGCUCUGAGGGUAACCCAAAGGAGAGAGCUGAGGAGUGGUCUGACUUCUACAAGUACCUCGGAUUGACUGUCGACAUAAAUGCAAAGGAAACUAAAGAAUCAAACAGAGAUGCCUAUGAAGCCAACAUUUUAUACGGAACGAUCCCUGACUUUGUCUCAGAUUAUGUUCAGCAGGGAAUAGAGGCAAUGGAAACUGGGAAUACCAGACAGAGUCGUCAAUUCAUCUUUGAAGGAAAUAGUCUCAGUUUUCCCACCAAACUGGAAAUCUCAAAGCUUAACGACUGUGAUCCCCUGCAUUUCGCUGCAGAGGUCCUGCAAAGUCUCAUGGGUAAAUUCCACAGUGAAGACAAAGAAGUCAGAUACAGAUUCAUGAAGGCUCUUUUUCAGGUGCUCCACUCCAACAUGACCAAAGACAAAGCCUUUGACAGCAAAAUCCUCCGUGUGUUACAGAAGUUUACCAGAAAAGAACCGUCUCCCACUGAGGUCUUCAUUCUGACUUCUCUGGAGAAUCUCCUGCAAAACAUUACCACAGAAACAGAAAGUGAGGAAAACAGAGCAUCUCCUGCAGGAAGAUGGUGUCUGGAGAUUUUAUUUUCUUCUGUGGAGCAACUCAAACCUUCAACAACAUUAGUAGAACUCCUUCAGAUGGUUGCAGACCUUGAAGCACAGAGACUGUGGUCAGCAGCAGAGUCUGUAAACCUCCUUGCAGCAUUGGUCGACCAUCAUCAUGAUGAAGACUGCAUUCAAAUCAAGAAGAUUCUACAUUUAAUGGCAGUAUAUCAGGUAUCUUCACACUGGAUAGAUGACAAUGAUCAGUCUCUCUUGAUGCUUGUGGACAAAUACGAGACCAAACAUCUGAUCAAACAUUUAGAGAAGAGCCUCAGAGAUGAGAAAAUCAAAAGCAUUGACACUGUCUUUGAUGAACUACGGAAGAUGAAAGACAUUGAUGACCAAACACUGAAUAAAUCACACAGCAUUGUAACUCAUGUCAGAAGCCUGAUCAGCACAGGUGAAAUUAAAAAGCACACUGAUGUAGGGAAAGCUCGAACCCUGAGUCACAGCAGAGAAACAGAGGACCUUCAGCAGGUCCUGGCAGUCUUAUGCAAUGCUGUACACCACUCCACUGGUCAGCCACACAAGGAUGGAGAGGGGUGGUGGCCCAGAGACACUCAGAUGAUCAGCUGGUGUCUCUUGGCUCUGUCUGAUACUGGGAGGCUGCUGGAAAUGGGCACUGGAGAGGGAAAGUCUUGUGUGAUAGCCAUGUUUGCAGCGCUGCGUGUGCUGCGGGGUGAAAAAGUAGACAUUGUGUCCAGCUCUUCUGUGUUAUGCCAAAGAGAUGCAGAAGAAUGGAACAACUUCUACAAAUACUUUAAAAUGACAGCUGACACGAACACCAAUAAAAUGGAAGACUCUUGUAGAAGAGAAUGCUACCAGAAAGAUGUGGUCUAUGGAACCAUCGAAGCCUUUGCUGCAGAUCACCUUCGCCAAAUAUUUGAGAUGAAGGAAGUGAGGCCUGAUCGCCAAUAUCAGUGCAUCAUAAUCGAUGAAGUGGACUCACUGCUGCUCGAUCAAGGAGUACAGCUGACAUACUUGUCCAGCCCCAUGGUCUCCAUGCAGCACCUUAACGUCAUCCUGGCCCUCAUCUGGGGCCAUGUCAGCCAGUUCGGCUUCCUUUCUGCAGAGCACCAAACGUUUGUUCGAAGUCCUCCUGCUUCAUUCUUUAAGGCCAUCUUUGACUCCAUAGACACAGAAGGCACUGAAAUCAAAGAUCCAGUGGACAUUCUGAGGAUUGCUGAAGAAACCGGCACCGUGCAGGAAGGAUUUACAGAGGAAAUCUAUCAAGUUAAGAACGAUGAACUUCUACAGAAACUCAACACUGUGAGUCAGGAUGCCAUGGUGGAUUUCUUCCAAGAAGUCGAGGACUAUGUUCCCUAUGGCUUCACUGUUUACACUUUGGAUGAUCAGGGAUCGCUCUGUCUGAGAAAACAAAGUCCGUACAACAACCAGGACAUUCCAGAGCUUACGUUUCUUGUAUUGGAUGAUGGCUUGUGCUGUACUCUCUAUGAUUCAGAGGAAGAUCUCAUCAAGCCCAUUGCAGACAUAGUCUUACAGAAGGUUCAGUUCACCCCAUGUGAGAACGACAAAAAAAAGAUCAACAUUCCUGGAUUCUUGAGAAAUCUGAUUGAGAAGAAAGUGCCUGUGUGGGUUCAGAACGCCUUUCUGGCAAUGCAGCUGAGGGAAGAACAGGAAUAUGUUGUUCAAGACAACAGUGUCUGUCCUGUUGAUUUCAGAUCCACGGGCAUCAUAGAACUGAACAAGAAGUGGGGUGAUGGUCUGCAGCAGUUUGUAGAGAUAAAACACAAAAUCAAACUGAGCACAAUUUCAGUUGUGACAAAUUAUGUUUCUAACAUCUCCUUCUUUGAAAUGUACCAUGGGAAAAUAUAUGGAACAACUGGGACUCUUGGGAGCAAAGCUGACAUUCUGUUUUUGCAGGAGCUUUAUCCAAGUCUCUCUGUCUGCAAAAUGCCACCAUUCAACAGAAAGAAGUUACUUGAGCUCAAAGGAACAUUGACAACCUCAGCUGAAGAAUGGAAAUCUGAAAUAAAGCGCAUGGUACUGGAUCAGACUUCCCCAAAGUCAUACAGAGAGGGAAGAGCAGCCCUGGUGAUCUGUGAAACCAUCAACAAAGCCAAAGAAAUCUAUGAAGAGCUGGACAGCAUCAUUCAGGGUAAAAUCAUUCUCUACUGCCGCAAUGAUAAGGACAGCUUGAGCAGAAUAGAUACCGAGCUGAACCCUGGGGAUGUCAUUGUUGCCACAAACCUUGCUGGGCGUGGCACGGACAUCAAAGUGUCCAAAACAGUGAACAACAAUGGGGGAUUAUUUGUGAUACUCUCCUUCCUCUCCGAGAACACAAGAGUGGAACUACAGGUUUUUGGUCGCACGGCACGCAAAGGUAAACCUGGAUCUGCUCAGAUCAUCAUGUGCACUGAACACCAGCAGCAGUCUCUUAGGAUGGCGUCCUCUCUGGAGGAAGCUAAGGAAACAAGGGAUCAAUAUGCAGGAGAAAAGAUCAAUCACAUGAUGAAAGACAUCACAGAGUUGAGGCUGAGGGAGGAGCUGUUUUCAGACUACUGUGGAACUCUUCGAGAAAUUCAUGCGAGCACAGAUGACAAUGAGAAAAAGGCAGUUGUUGCCAUCAUGAAUGAGUUCUGGGGGAUAUGGCUGCAGAUUAAAUCUGAAGACAUUGACAACUUGAAAAGAAAUGAUUUGAAAUCAAGUUUGAAAGCUGAUCUGUCAUGGGCAAAAAGUCAGUGUCAAAGUCAAACUUCACCGUCCUUAAGCUUUUAUCACUACAUCAAGUUUGGGAAUGUUGCCCUGAAUAAAGAACAAUGGGAGGUUAGCUGCAGGCUCUUUGAAAAAGCCAUGGGCCAAGAUAAAAGCUGGGCAGCGAUAGCUUUCUACAGUCAUGCAUUCUGCACUAUAAAGCAGAAGAAUGAAGACUACCUCAGUAAGGCCAGACAAGACCUCGAGAAGGCAAAGGAGUCUCUGAUCUAUCUCAAUGAAGAACUGGUAGUCUGUCUGCAGAUGGUAAAAAUGUCUCCUCCAUCGACCAAGAAUGAAACCAGCCUUGAAAAGCAGUUACUGACCAAGCAAAAAGUGUUGACUUACUUUGAGGAAAACAUCAAUGAGGCCAUCAAAAAACUGGAUGAAAUAAAAGCAGAGGGGCGAGAUGCAGUCGCCAAAAAGUCAAGAAUUUCCUCUCUGGUGCCCAAAGAUGAAGAAGACUUCCAAGAGGAAGCCAGCAACCUCUUCAGACAAGGUCUGCAGUUUGUGUUUUCUGUUGAGAAGGAGCCUCGCUUCCCAUGGGAAGCUCUGGCCGUGUUUUUUAUUGGAGCUCUACAGAUCAUUGGAGGUACUCUUGUUACAGCAUUUACAUUUGGUACAUUUGCUCAAGUCGGCAUGGGACUUAUCUCACAAGGAAUAUCAGACUGCAUCUCUGGCAUAGAGUCCAUGGUGACAGGAGACUUCAGCUGGAAAUCAUGGGCAAUCCAAAAAGCCAUUUCCAUUGGUGUGUCUCUCCUUGAGUUUGGGAUCGGAAAGCUGUUUGCAAAGGGCUUCAAAGCUUGUAAAAUGCACUUGAAAGGAUUUGGCAAAGAGCUUAAAUCUAUGCCGAAGUUUCUCACCGGACAAGCUAAAGAAGGCCUCAGUGCUGUUGCAAAAACAAACAUGAAAAAUGCAGGAAAAUUAACAGUGAAAAAAAUGGCAGAGGAACUCAUAACCUAUGGGCUAGGGAAAGCAGAGGAGAAAAUCCUUAAACAAAUAUUAGCUGCCAUUGAAAAUAAUGUCAAAAAGGGAAUUGCUGAUAAUGUAAAAUCAAACUUAGAAAAAGGAGAGCUGGGUUCAUUAGUUGACAGCAUCAUCCUCUCACAUGUUGUUGAUGAAGAGCAACUUCAGGAUCUUCUGAGGGACAAAGACAGGAAGACCAAACUGCUGAGCAUUUUCACUGAACUGAGUAAGAAUGCAGUCCAGCCGUUCUAUGCAGACCUCAGCUUGCAGAACAAGCUGAACUCCUCCUUCCGUGGAGUGAUUGACAAAACCUUGGCAGAAUUAGCUGAGGAAGAAGUCAAAGGAAAAGCAUAUAUAUUUCUGAAUGCCAUCAAAUUGGUCCAUAUGGGGGCACUGGCAGCAGAAGCUACUGCAGCAGUGCUCAGCCUUUCCAGCAAGUUCUUCCAAAAUCUUCAGGAACGGCUGACGACAUUCAAAAAGGACCAUUUGUCAGAGGAGAAGCUGAAGCAUCAAUCUCCUCAGGACACUGAGAUGCUCAAAGAAUUCAAGCAGGAGUUAGCUGACACCAUCAGCAAUUUAGUGGCUGCUGCUUUGGUGGAAGUUUUCCACCAGAAGUUCUCCAGUUAUUUGGUUUCCUGGAUGCAAAGCAAAGCACGUGGCGUCAUUACCCAAUGUAUAAGAUCUGGCCUAAAGACUGACCGUACAGAGGACUUACUCAGAGCUGGUCAGAAUAUCAGCUAUAUCAAACACAUGCCUUUAGACCAAGACUCUAAGCGUCACCCUGCAAAAGAAGCAAGUGAAUCAUUGAAGACACAUGCUGAGAAGAUCAAGGAUGCCAACACUCCAGGAAACAUUCUGGACAUCAGAGUCCUGUCAGAAACCACUGGCACUAAGGUUGUACUCCUCACUGAGAACAGCCAGGGCAAGCUGACCAAAAUGCAACAAGUACACCCAAACACCAACUCUGCUAAUAAAGAAGUCACACUGAUCUACAGCCCAAAGAGUGACAAGUACCCAGGCGGCCAUUAUGAUGUGCUCAUUAACAACCGCACAGUCAGCAUCAACAGUGAAGACAAGAGCUGCCUUUUUCAUGCUCUGGCACGAGGCAUGAACCCGGACGCCAGUGAAGCUCAGAUCUCAAAGAAAGCAGAUGAACUGCGACACAUGGAGGCCGACACUCUCCUUAAACAACCAGGCAAAUGGGAGCCCUUCGUCAAGAGGAAGGAGUGGACUGACGCCAUCAGAGGAGGAGACUGGUUCCUGGCAGAGGGAGCUAUGUCCAACAAAAAGGAAAAAGUUGAAGAAACUUUAGAAAUCCUUAAGAGGGAGGUUGGAAAUGUUCAACCAUACAAGAACUUGACAAAACACAGAAAUGAGAAUCCAGGAUUGGGACAGUUCAUCAAUGCAGACCACCAGCCACCAGUGAGUUGUAUCGUGAAAGCAGGAAAGUUGAACCAAAACAGCAAGUUAGCCAAAGCCAUGCUUGAAGUGGCAACAGGCUCAUCUACUCCGGACGAAAAAGCGAUUGAGAAAUUGAACAACUCUCAUGGCCCUAAUCUUCCAGCUGUCAACGUGCCAAAAGAGGUACAUCGUGAGUUUCUCAGUUCAAAAUCACCAAAAUUCAGAGAGCUCUUAACUGACACCAUACAAAAGGACGACGUGGUUGGCACCUUGAAAUUGACAAUUCUUGGUUCAAUGCCAAGAUUCAGGCUGAAAAGCAACAAGGACUUCAACUCCUUUAACACCUCACUGAGUAAAAGCAGACUUUCUGUGUUUGAAGAUAGUUUUCCACAUCACAGUAAAAAGAUGGCCGAGAACUGGUUCAACCGGCUGAAUGGAGUCAUGACAAGCAAUGAUCUGAAAAAAAUCACUGCAUGGAUCGACAACCGGGGCUACAAUGAUCAGAACGACUACUACAGGACUAAGGUCUCCAACCUACUCUAAAUCAAAGGAAAGGACAGAGAGAGGAGCCAUCAAGAAGAUAACAAUGACAAAGACAUGAAGAAAUGUAUCUAUAUAUAUUAAUAAUGAAAUGUGAUGCUGUUGUUGAGUAAUUCACAUGGUUUCAGUUUUUAGCUAAGGGUCUCAUAAAAAUAACUAACAUCUAAUCAGUGAAGAAAAGUGACAGUUAUAAAGCCUGAAUUUCACAGGAAUUGUGUUAAUCAGCAUUUUUCUAAAUUAUGGGAUAAAUUACUUAGCAAUGGCUGAGAUUAAACACUUAUGUAAAUGGAAAUAAGAGGUUGAAAUUAGAGCACUUGGAUGAUUCAUGCAGAAAAUCUGCUUAUGAAACAAGAAUCAUUCCCUUUCAGCUACAUGGGAAAGUUAAAUGUCUUAUUUUACACAUCACUGGUGUCGGGCCAAAACCUCCUAUCUCCAAAAUCACCACUUUUCAAGGAACUGAAAAAAAAAAAAAAAAGCUUUAUCUAUUAGAUAAUUUAACAAUGAAUGGUCCUAGUCAGAGUCUUUUUGACACGUCUUUUCCUCUAAAAUGUGUUAAAACCCACUGACAGUUUUAGGUUGACCAAUAGCACUGAAAAAAUGAAAUAAAAUAAAACAAUUCAGAUAUGAGGUUUAGGUCCUAUGUCAGGGAUAUAAUUUAUUUUAUAUUUUUUCCCAAAUAAUUCAUGACUUGUAGCCUAUCUUAGAAUGAAUAUUGCCAAAAUAUCAU